ACAAUUGCAGAGGAAGCUGCAACAGCUGUUUUGGUUUUUCCAACAGCUAAAGAAUAUGCUGCAACAACCUAGGAGGUUGUUGAAACAUAUGUGGGGGUUUUUCCAACAGAUUACACACUUAUUGGUUGAAUAUAUCUAUUUGUUUGUUGUAGGUUGUACAUCCAAGGCUUAUCCCGACAAAACGAGAGGUGCAAAUGCCAUGCCUCGUUAGUUUAGGGCAUAGGGAAUCUGUGCAUGAUGAAUUGAUUGAUAAGAUAAAAGAAGAAUUGGUUGGAGCCACAACCAUCAUAAGGGCUGGUGUUGUUGAUGGUGGUGGUGAUGGUGUUGGUGAUGCUGUUGAUAUGAAUAUUGUUGUUGAUGUUGCAAGACAAGCAGUGGAAGGUCUUGCUGAUAAAAGAAGAGAUGAUGAUGGUGGUGGUGGAGUUGGUGGAUACACUCCCCAAAGUGGUGGUGGUGGGCAGACCACAGAUAUCCCUUAUAGGUUGGGUAGAUAUUCUUCAUUUGGUGCCGGUUCCUCCAAGGUGUAUUCUUGUGCUUGUGAAUGCAGUACUUGCAGGCUGAAAAUGGAAGGUUUGAUAAACAAGGUUGAAGAGUUGCUUCAGGCACAAAAAGAUAUGAAUUCAGCUAUAAAGAGUAUGAUGUCCAAGAGGGGUGUCCAGCCAUCCAAAAAGCUCAGCUCACCCUAUACUCCUAUUGGGAUUCGCAAGAGGGCAAAAACAAUUUCCAAGGCACUUGCUGAUUGUAGAGCAAGGAAAACAAGUACUCCGCAGAAGUCUAUUGCUACUCCUCCUGCUGAAGUUGUGCCACAAGUGCUGAAAAAAGUUGAUAUUUUCAAGCGUGUAAACCCCCCAAAAAAGAAGAAGCUUGAAACUUUGAUCAAAUCCAAAAAGAGUGGGAGAGCACUGUACUCAAUGCAUGAAUUUGGGGCCGAAGACUUCAAGGUUAUGACAAACAUGCACGAAUGGUGGGAGGAUUGGUAUGUAGAUGAAAUCUUGUUGCUGAUGCGUAUGAGGCAGCUCAAUUUCCCUGAGCACUAUGAUUCCUCUGAUAGAAUCAUGGACCUCAACUUCUACCAUCACUGUCGCAACAGGUACUUAGGAUUGUCCGAUGAGUCUACAAAUGUGGGUGUCGUGCCCUAUGAUCAAAGACUUGCUCUCUUUAUGUGGGACGAUGAUGGUCUCGCUUUUCCCAGAGGUAGUGUGCCCUACCCAGGUGGCUGCGAGUGGAUUGGUGCCAAAAGGAUCAUAACUGUCAUGAAUAUUAAUGACAACCAUUUUGUCACUGUUGAGAUCAUCAUUGAGGAGGGUAUCAUAAAUGUUUAUGAUUGCAACAUUCCAUGUAAUGACGACAGUGAUUUCUUCUGCCACAUGCAGCCGUUAAUGGAUUUGUUCCCCAAGUUGCUAAAGCAGAGUGGCAUGUUCUCACACUUACCUGAAAAGUUGCUAAAUGAAUCAUGGAAUUUUGUUCGGAAGAAGGAUAUCCCCCGCAAUGAUACCAAUAAGGUAUGUGCUUCCUGGUCAUUUGCUUUUGUUGAAGCUUUGCUUACCCGCAUGAAUAUGAGCAAGCCCGAUACCUUAUUGAGUGACAAUACUGUGGAGAGGAUGCAAUGGAGGUGGGCUUGUGGAAUUAUUGAUAAGGUGUUGGAGCCCUAAUGGAGGUGGGCUUGGGACAAACAAUUUCUCUUAAACUAUGCUUGCAUUAAACAAUUUCUCUUCUACCAUCAAUUUGAAUUAUGGUGGAUGAACACAUUAUGUAAAUUUGUUAAAUAUGUAUUAUAUGCUCAGUACCCUUAUAUAUUGUUUAA